CAUAUAUAUGCUUGAAACUGAGCUGUUGCUUCCAGAUGCACCAUUAUAAAUAUAUAUAUAGAUAGAUGCUUUUGUCUUUUGUUAGUUGGGAGGGAACUUUUCCCAAUUUCUCUACUCUAGAUCUCCAAUCAAUGGAGACAUACCUGAAAUUAGUUCAAACCAGAGGAACAAAGGGAAGCUAAAAAUUAAAAUAAGAUGGUGUCACGAAGUCAAACUCGCACCAACCCACAAAGGAGCAAUCGCCAAUUCACCAUUCAACAAUGAUUCCUCUCCUCGUUUUCCUUACAUCUCCCCCCCAUCUAAUUUCCUCUCUUCUUACGCUCUCCUCCCCUGUUUUCUUUGAUCCCUUCUUCCCAAAUGAGUUACUCUUUCAGUGACAGGAAUUUCUUCCCUGAAUUGAUGAAUACCACCCUCUUCCUCCUUCUUCUCCUUCUCUUCAGUGCCGUAAUUCAAGAAGCCAAAUCAGUAGACCCAAAAUUCGAAGCUUGCGAGCCUCAGAGCUGUGGCCAUGGUCCAAACAUAAGUUUUCCUUUCUGGAUUCCUCUUGUGCAUAAAAACUACUGCGGCAACCCAGGUUACGAGAUAACCUGCUUGGACAAUGAACCAACCCUCCUGAUUACCGACGAAAACUACCUCAUCAGAGACAUCUUCUAUGCUAACCACUCGCUUCUGAUGGUGAACAGCGAAGCAGAGUCCAACAGUUGCCCUGUUCCUCUGCAUAAUUUUACCCUCAACAAUACUCCUUUCGAGUUCGGUCACACACCCUCUAAUCUCUUAUUCUUCUAUAACUGCACAAAACCCAUCUCCUCAGAGUAUCAAUUCCCUGUUAAUUGUUCGACCAAUGUUACUGGGAAUCAUUCGUUCGCCUUGUUUGAAAACGAUUUGGGAUGGCCGUACCUGAAUUAUACUUUUCACACCUGCAAGUCUACAGUGAGUGCACCCGUAGACAUGACUGGUAUGAGUUCAAAGGAUUUGGUAGGGACGAGCUACUCGGAUUUGUUAAGUAGAGGGUUUAUGUUGGAAUGGACUGAGAGUAGUAAUUGCAGUAAAUGCGACGCAAGCGGUGGUCGCUGUGGAUAUUACAAGAAACAGUUCUUGUGCCUUUGCCCCAAUGGAUCCAAUGGCCAAAGCUGCACAGGUAAGUCCUCAUCCACCAUUCCCAUCUUUGGCUGUCUUGCUGGGGUAAUCCUUUUAUCAUGCCUGUUCUUCGUCAUCUACCGACGACGCCAUCCCAAGGAAGGCCUCUUCACUCCAUUCAAAAGCAAAAGCACCUCUGUUUCUACAACUUCUCUCUCUAGAAAAUUCACUUCCAAAUCCUCCUUGAAGGACAUUGAAAAGGGCAGCACCUACUUCGGAGUUCAUGUCUUCAAUUAUGCUGAACUUGAAGAAGCAACUAACAACUUCAAUUCUAGUAAAGAACUUGGAGAUGGUGGCUUUGGCACUGUAUACUAUGGCAAACUCAAGGAUGGUCGUGAGGUUGCAGUUAAGCGCCUUUAUGAAAACAACUACAGACGAGUUGAACAAUUCAUGAAUGAAGUUGAGAUCCUUACUCGUUUACGCCAUCAAAACCUUGUCAAGCUCUAUGGUUGCACCUCACGACAUAGCCGUGAACUCCUCCUUGUUUAUGAGUUCAUUCCUAAUGGUACUGUGGCUGAUCAUCUUCAUGGUAAUAGAUCAGAAGCUGGGUCAGUCACUUGGCCUACCCGGAUGAGCAUUGCCAUAGAGACAGCAAGUGCACUGGCUUUCCUCCAUGCUUCUGAUGUUAUACACCGUGAUGUGAAAACUACCAACAUUCUCCUUGACAGCAAUUUUGGUGUUAAAGUUGCAGAUUUCGGGCUCUCCCGUCUCUUCCCCACAGAUGUUACCCAUGUCUCCACUGCACCACAGGGGACUCCAGGGUAUGUAGACCCUGAGUAUCAUCAAUGCUACCAGCUUACAGACAAGAGUGAUGUAUAUAGCUUUGGUGUGGUCUUGAUUGAGCUCAUAUCAUCAAAGCCUGCUGUAGAUAUCAAUAGGCAUCAUAAUGAGAUUAAUUUGGCUAACAUGGCUAUCAACAAGAUCCAAAAUCAAGCAUUGCAUGAGUUGGUUGAUCCAUCUCUUGGGUUUGAAUCAGAUAAUGCAGUAAAGAUGAUGACAACAUCAGUGGCAGAGUUGGCAUUUCGUUGUCUGCAACUUGAGAAGGAAUUGAGGCCUUCCAUGGAUGAGGUGUUGGAGACUUUGAAGGGAAUUGAGAAGGAAGACUACAAAGUGGAGAAGGCAAAGUUAGUUAUUCAGACAGACAAAAUAGGGUUGUUGAAGACUAUUGAUCCACCAUUUUCGCCGGAUUCCGUUACCGAUAAGUGGGUCAGCCUGUCCACUACACCUAAUACCAGUGCCUAGGUUUGAUUCCCCUUCACAUUAUGCAUUCAAGAUUUCCAAGUACAUGGGAAGAGUAUGUUGUACUGUCAUAAUCAGAUUCAAAUUAGUUAGAUUGUAAUUUAGCUUCUUUUCGUCAUCGAUCUGCCUGUAUUUUUAUUACAAUAGUAACAUCACUGGUAGCAGUAUUAUGGCUUGGGGGCAUUGUACAUAGUACUUAAAAGGAGUAUAUGUGCCAUUCCUGAUUACUUUGAUGUGCAGAAAAUUUUGUUGAAGUGUUUUCUGAUCA